AUGUCAUUUGGUCUAACAAACGCCCCUGCAACAUUCAUGGAUUUAAUGAACAAGGUGUUCAAGGUGUAUUUAGACAAGUUUGUAAUUGUCAUUAUUGACGAUAUUUUGAUCUAUUCGAAGACAGAGGAGGAUCACGAGGAUCAUUUGAGAAAGACGCUUCAGAGGCUCAAAGAACAACAAUUAUAUGCCAAGCUGACAAAGUGCGAGUUUUGGGUAGAGAAAGUGGCAUUUCUAUGCCACAUAGUAACCAAGGACGGAGUAGCAGUGAACCCAGUUAAGGUUGAGGCUGUCAAGGAUUGGCCAAAACCAAAGAAUGCCACUGAUGUAAGAAGUUUUCUUGGUCUAGCCGGCUAUUACAGGAGAUUCGUGGAAGGAUUCUCCAAAUUGACAAUGCCACUAACAAACCUUACUCGCAAACAACAAAAGUUCGUGUGGUCUGAUAAAUGCAAACAAAGUUUUCAAGAGUUAAAGAAGAGAUUAACUACUGCUCCAGUGUUGUGUGUACCCAAAAGCAACGAAAAGUUUGUAGUCUACUGUGAUGCAUCCAAGAUGGGUUUGGCAUGUGUACUGAUGCAAAUCGGAAAAGUGGUGGCUUGGGAAUAUUGGGGGAUUUGA